AUCUCGUAAGCCAUGCCUACCAGACUUCACCACAACAGAAAGAAGCGUGGACACGUCUCCGCCGGUCACGGUCGUGUUGGCAAGCACAGAAAGCAUCCUGGUGGUCGUGGUCUUGCUGGUGGUCAGCACCACCAUCGUAUCAACAUGGAUAAGUACCAUCCUGGUUACUUCGGUAAGGUCGGUAUGCGUCACUUCCACUUGAAGCAGAACCAGUACUGGCGUCCUAUUGUCAACCUCGAUUCUCUCUGGUCUUUGGCUGGUGAGGGUGUCCGCGAGAAGUACAAGAACACCGAGAAGGUUCCCGUCAUCGAUGCUCUCCAGCACGGUUACGGCAAGGUUCUUGCCAAGGGUGAUAUCUCCCAGGCUGCCAUUGUCCGCACUCGCUUCGUAUCCCGUCGCGCUGAGGAGAAGAUCAAGGCUGCUGGUGGUGUUGUCGAGCUCAUUGCUUAAAUGUGUGUCUACUCCACAUAGUGGUUUUCAUAUUUCUUUUCUUCAAUCAUAAUAAAAAAGAUAAAGAAAUUGUCUGCAGGCUUAUAC